CCAGGAGUUAACAUACUUAUUGUUUCUAGCAGGGGCUGCAUGGUAUUUGUAUUUGAUCAUCAUCUUAAUGUUGUAUGAUCCUCACAGGUUCGCUGCUGCAGAAGAACACUGACUGGAUCGAAAUGAGACUCCUCACAGCUCUGGGCGCCCUGCUCGUACUGCACACCGCCACCUCCAGCAGGCUGGUGUGUCACAUGACCAACUGGGCCCAGUACAGGCCCAGCAACGGCAAAUUCACCUCGGACAACAUCGACCCCUUCCUGUGCACGCACGUCAUCUACGCCCUGUCCACCAUCAACAGCUUCAACCAGAUCACCCCCAUCGAGUGGAACGACGAGCAGCAGUUCACCGGCCUCAACCGGCUCAAGAAUGUUAAUCCUGUGCUGAAGACCCUGCUGUCAGUGGGAGGCACCGUCAAUGGAAUCAGCCCAUUCAUCGCCAUGGUUGCCAAGAUUGAGAGCCGUGCAACUUUCAUCAAGUCUGUCAUCAGUUACCUGCGCACCAACAACUUUGACGGGCUGAACCUGGCCUGGGAGUACCCGGGACACAAGGGCAGCGAGGAGCAGGACAAGGAGAGGUUCACCCUGCUGGUGUCGGAGCUGGCCAAGGCCUUUGAGGACGAUGCUAGGGAGAACAGGAAGACCCCGCUGCUGCUGACGGCCAACGUGGCUGCCUUCAGGCCCAACAUCGACCGAGCCUACGAGGUCCAGAAGAUCGCACUUCACCUUGACUUCAUCAAUGUCAUGACCUAUGACUACCACGGGCACUGGGAGGCAGUGACCGGACAAAACAGCCCCCUGUACGGCAGCUCCAUGGACUCCGGCACACACAUUCAUCACAACAUCAACGCUUCCAUAUCUCAUUGGCUGGUGAAAGGGGCCCCAGCUGAGAAGCUGCUGUUGGGUUUCCCCACCUACGGACGCACCUACCGUCUGAGCACCGGGGCCACCGGCCUGGGGGCCCCGUCCAACGGCCCCGCAGACGCCGGACCCUACACUCGCACCGCCGGAUUCUGGUCCUCCUACGAGAUCUGUGCCUUCACCCCCGGUGCUAAUGUUGAGUGGAUCUCUGAGCAGCAGGUCCCCUAUGCCACCUAUGGCAGUGCCUGGCUGGGCUACGACAACAAGCGCAGCUUCUCUUCCAAGGUCCAGUACAUGACUGCCAAAAACCUGGGGGGGGCUCAUGUGUGGACUCUGGACAUGGAUGACUUCAGUGGAUCCUUCUGCUCAGACGGAGCUUACCCUCUCAUCAACCACCUCAGGGUGUCAAUGGGUUUCCCCUCAAAGCCCACCACCACCCCGGCCCCCGCCACCACCAGAGACCCUAUUGCAGAAUUCUGCCGUGGACGUCCUGAUGGCCUGUAUGAGAACCCCACUAAUGAGAAGACUUACUUCCAGUGCUUCCAGGGGUACACGUACCUGCAACACUGCCAGGUCGGCCUCAUCUACUGGGACUCCUGCAAGUGCUGCAGCUAUCCCUGAGCACCCCCCCCCCACACACACACACACACACACACACACACACACUCACACACACACACACACACACCGAGCACACUGCUUUUUCAACAAAUAAAUCAAUCAUCAUUAUGACCUGAUACAUGGCUCAUUGACUUUUAUUCUUGCGUUUUACAAGAUAAUCUGACAUUUUUCUAUAUUAUAUAAACAUUUCAUUUCAAAUUUCAAUAAUAAAUAAUUGUUAUACUCUGCUUCCUGACACUUAUAUCAGUCAAGCUAUUUUCAAGUAAAGGUUCAAAUUCCAUUACUCUACAAAACACACUCAGCUGUUUUCUGUCUCUCGGUGAACCUAUUAAUAAUGAGCUGGCUAUAAAUAAAGUGUGUAUUCUAGAAUGAAA